AUGAUAGAGGUUGAAGUUAAUUCAUUUCUGCCGGAAACAACUUGCAUGUCAUCACAAAAAGGUUCUGAUUAUUACAGGAAUAAGCUGCAACUAGUAGACAAACAUGGACCCUGUUCGCCACUUGGCAAGAAAAAUCUCAGCAUCGAGGAAAUCCUCCUUGAAGACCAACUCCGAGUUCGCUCUAUUCAUUCCAUGAUUGGCAAACAAUUCUCUCCCAGAGACUACAAGGCUAAAAUUCCAACAAAGGCAGGUUACUCUCUCAAAACUGGCAACUUUAUUGUCAAUAUUGGACUCGGCACACCAAAGAAAUACUUUUGGGUGAGCAUCGACACCGGCAGCAGCCUGACUUGGAUCCGAUGCCAACCAUGUUCUAACUGCUCAGCACCCACCUUCAACCCUUCCAAAUCAUCCUCUUAUUCCAGCAUUUCAUGCACAUCGCCCGACUGCUCUCAACUCGGUUCCAACAAAUACAACUCUCCUCAAUGCACCAACUGCAUGUACCAAAUCCACUAUGCAGACACCGACUUCUCCAUCGGGAACUUCGGACGGGAAAAGCUCACACUCACAUCCUCCGAUGUCGUCCCCAGUUUUCAAUUUGGGUGUGGCCUGAGAAAUUCUCUCGGAGAUUCAACGUCAGGGCUUCUGGGUUUAGGGCCGAAGCAAGUGUCUCUGGUGUCUCAGACGGCUGCCAAAUUUGGCAAAGUUUUCUCUUACUGUUUCCCACGCUCAGCCAGCUCCACUGGGUACUUGGCAUUCGGCAACCAAACAGGCGCUACCUCCUCCGGCGUGAAGUACACACAGAUGAGAGCACUCUCGAGGCUUCCCGACAACUAUUUCGUCCUAUUAAUGGGAAUAAGCGUCAAUGGACAGAGAUUGAAUAUUUCAUCUUCAGCGUUCACAGACCCUGGAACCAUCAUAGACUCUGGCUCCUUGGUCACUCACCUACCGCGUUCAGCCUACAAUAUCCUCCGAGCAGCGUUCCAGAGAGCAAUGUCGAACUACCCAUCAGCACCACCAACGAGGACUCUUGAUACAUGCUAUAACUUGAGCAGGAACAGGACAGUCAAUGUACCUGCCAUCACGUUGCAUUUUGAAGGAGGUACCGACAUCCAGCUGGACCCAUUUUCAGGGGUUCUUUUUAAAAUCAGUGCAGUUCAGUAUUGCUUGGCUUUUGCUCCAAACAGAGAUCUAGUCGAUCAGACCAUCAUUGGCAACCUACAACAGCGGACAUAUGAGGUGAUCUACGAUGUGCCUCGAGGAAGCAUCGCUGCUCACCACUGCCCGCCGCCGCCUCCGGCAACACCUCCGCCUCCGCUUUCAGCAACGUUGCCAAAGGUGGGAGGAGGUGGCGCUGGUGGUUUCUCUGCCCAAGCCACCACCUCCGCCCACCAGUGCCGCUGUCGCCUCUGUCUCCACCCACCUCAGGCAAUAUUUCCGGAGGCGGAGGUGGAGGUGGCGGCGUUGGGCAGAAAAAUAACCACCAGUGCCACCGCCGCCGCCUCUGCUCAGACCACCUCCGACAAUGUUGCCGAAGGUGGAGGAGAAGGAGGGCAGAGAUAG